CAUCAACCCAUUUCAUUUCUCUCUUCUUUUCUAGCCAUUUCAUUUCAUUGAGGAUGGCCAAAUGUGGUGCUGUUAGUGUUUUUACAGUGCUGCUGCUUCUUUCUGUGUGUGCCUCCCUCUCCCAGGCCCGCAGUCCUACAGUCCCAGGUUACAAAUAUACAUACAUAGGCACUCCUACAGUCCCAGUGGUUAAGGGAGAGGAUGUGUACUGCCCAGCAUGCGUAUGCUGUGAACCAGCGGUGAAGCCCAGGGUGUGCUGCAGAUGCUGUGCAGCACCCAUUACAUCGCAAACACAAUCACAGACUUCUAAUCCCUGAGAUCAACACCAUAUAUUUCUCUUCCCGGCGUUCUGUUUUGUUUGCUUAUACCAUAAAUCAAGAUGUUCUUAUAACAUCACUUGCUUUCUUAAUCUGUUACCGUUAAAUGGAUUAUUUCAAUAUAAGUAAGGACGAAUAGCUUAUACGGUUCGUAUUUGUAAUUUUAU